AUGAUUGAGCGCUUCUCCGGGUCUCCACUCAUAAGCUGGCGAGCUAUCAUGGGCAGCGCAUGCUACACAGGCACAGUUCCUGUGAUGGUGAUCAACGGUCACUUUGGUAGGGACCUACACGUGCGGAAGGUUGAACUCGAUGGUGAAAAAACGGCCACUCUUGAUACUGCUGUUAUGAUACAAUCGGAGUUGAAUGCAUCAUCCGCCAUGAGCCAUGCUGGGUGCAUUGGGUUUCUCGAUGUCGUGAUUCUUCCGGAGGUCAAGAUGAGCGGCCAAGUCCUCCAUAUUCACCAUGAGAUACAUAUUACCCGAGCGACCCGAGGUGUGAUACGCUGGGUGAUAAUCGCUCGAGUGUGGGUCGAGUAUGUUCAAAACCCGAAAAGUAUCGAAAUGAAGACCCACGCUCGAGAAAAUGUGUUACUUACUACGCCCACUUGCGACAUUAUGACUUGUAGUACCUUCCUGCCGCCGCUCUUGGCGGCAUUCCCACUCCUUGAGAACUUGAAUUUCGCAAUCACUGGAACCUCGGGUUCUCUGCUUCCGGAAGUCGAUGCGUGUUUGAUAGAUCAAAUACAUCAGAAAUCACAGCAGGGGACCGGUCAAUGA